AUGGCUGAUUCGGACGAAGAGUACGUUGAAGUUUCGGACGAAGAAAACGAUGUCAAUGGUAUCCGAUAUGCCCGGGAAACGGCGCCUGUAUCCCGUCCUAAACGAAGAAAGCAGCGCGGGGGUGCUGAAUGGGAGGUUUCAAGGACUUGGGAGACCUUGGUCGAGGGUGCUGAUGGCACAAUCAGCUCUACCGUUGAAGGACUUUUAGAAGCCGGGAAAAGGAAGAGACUUUUGAGAGAUACAACACCAUUGCAACGUGGUAUUAUCCGGCAUCUCAUCUUGAUUCUGGAUUUGUCCCAGUCCAUGGCCGAGAAAGAUCUAAGGCCGACGCGAUAUCUUCUUUCUCUGCGAUAUGCACAAGAAUUCGUGCGGGAAUUUUUUGAGCAGAAUCCCAUAUCCCAACUUGGCGUGCUUGGCUUGAGGGAUGGUCUUGCAAUCCGGGUCAGUGAUAUGAGUGGCAACCCUACGGAGCACAUCAGUGCUAUACAAGCUUUGAGGGAUCAUGACCCCAAGGGACUUCCUAGCUUGCAGAACGGGCUUGAAAUGGCACGUGGUGCUUUAUUCCAUACUCCUAGUCAUGGAACCCGAGAAGUAUUUGUGAUCUUUGGAUCUCUCCUUUCCUCCGAUCCGGGCGAUAUACAUCAGACGAUUACCACGUUGAUAAAUGACAAGAUCCUUGUCAGGAUUGCUGGUUUGGCCGCUCAAGUGGCUAUUUGUCGUGAACUCUGCUCUAGGACCAAUGGGGGCGACGACACCACGUAUGGCGUGGCGCUCAACGAGCAGCACUUUCGUGAAUUAAUGAUGGAUGUAACGACACCCCCUGUGACAUAUUCCCAAAAACAAGCCACAAGCUCCCUUUUGAUGAUGGGGUUUCCGUCCCGUACAGUCGAGACUUGUCCCUCUCUCUGUGCGUGUCAUUCUAAACCCUCUUGCGGGGGAUACUUAUGUUCACGAUGCAAUACCAAAGUCUGUGGGCUCCCCGCUGAAUGCCCCUCUUGCGGUCUUACACUUAUACUGUCAACACAUCUUGCGCGAUCUUAUCAUCAUCUGUUUCCACUCAUGAACUGGGUUGAGGUUCCCUGGCAACAUGCCUCACGCAGUUUGACAUGCUUUGCCUGCGGCAUAUAUUUCCCUACGCCACCUCCUAAAGACCAGUGGCAAGCUACGGAGUCCCAGGCAAAAGGGAUGAGUGUCAGCAGUCGCUAUGAGUGUACAGUUUGCAAGAAUCACUUCUGUAUUGAUUGUGAUCUUUUUGCUCAUGAAAUUGUGCACAAUUGCCCAGGCUGCCAAAGCGGGAUUAGUGGGCUGGCCAUGGCUGACCGGCCCAGGGGUCAGACUGGCACAGAUGAAAUGGACAUCUCAGCAUAG